GUGGGGGUGUUUUGGUCAUUUUGACCACAAGAGUGGCAUCGAGAGAGCUAUUUAAAGGGCUCCUCCGGAGAGAGCGGGAGGAUAGCUUUCUUCUCUGUUGCCGAUUUGUUGCCACUGGAUUCUUGGAAAUGAGCCACGAUGGAUAUGCUGAAGGAAGCUUCGGACUCAUCUUAGGACUAAGGAGGAAUAUAGUAUUAUGUUGUUAAUGAUGUCAUGCAGAUGGAAUCUGUUGACAACAUUGUGGUGGAAGAUGAUAGAAAUCAUGAAGAUGGGCUAAGACAGGACAAACCAAAUAUAAAACAGACGAGUGAACUGUAUUCAUUCAAAAGGAAGCAAUCUUUGCAAGCUCGAUAUGUUUAUGGAUUUAUUUUCUUCGUAACAAACUUAUUGGCUUGGUUUCUUCGUGACUAUGGGCACAAGGUUCUUCAUAGUUUUCUUCCUGAAAGGGCAUGUGGAGUUGAGGGAAAUAACUGUGUUCAUGCUGGAGGAGUUCUUCGAGUGAGCUUAGGGUGUUUCACAUUUUUCUCAUUCAUGUGUGUCACCAGUUUUAGAGUUCACAAGCUGCAAGAAGCUCGCAAUUCAUGGCAUUCUGGGUGGUGGUCUCUGAAGUGCAUGGUUUAUCUUUUAUCAACAGGGUUUCCGUUCAUCAUCCCUUCAAAUAUUAUCCAAAUAUAUGGUGAAGUUGCACGUGUUGGUGCUGGGGUCUUUCUUCUUCUCCAACUUAUAAGUAUGAUCCGCUUCCUUAAAUGGUGCGACAACCAGUGGAUGGCAGAUUUGGAAACAAACAAAUGUGCCUUGCUUGGAUUGUUCUUGUCCACCAUUUUCUACAUUGCUUCUUUCUUUGGGAUUAUUCUGAUGUACUAUUUAUAUGCACUGGAGUCAACUUGUGUCAUCAACAUAUUCUUCAUCACAUGGACAGCAAUAUUGGUUAAAGUUAUGAUGAUAGUAUCUCUACAUUCUAAGGUUAAUGUGGGACUUUUAUCUUCUGCAAUCAUGGGUUCAUACAUUGUUUUCCUUUGCUGGUCUGCUAUUCAAAGUGAACCUCAUACUCAGAAAUGCAACAGUCAAAAGAAAAUGGCCGACAGAGAUGACAUGACUACUAUACUAAGCUUCUUUAUUGCUAUUUGUGCGAUUGUAAUGGCAACAUUUUCAACUGGAAUCGAUUCACAAUCUUUUCAGUUCCGCAAGGAUGAGGUUCCAUCUGAAGAUGAUAUACCUUACAAGUAUGAGAUAUUCCAUUUCAUAUUUUCGAUGGGAUCAAUGUAUUUUGCGAUGUUAUUCAUUAACUGGGAACUAAAACAUCCAACCAGAAAGUGGAGCAUAGAUGUUGGUUGGGUUAGCACAUGGGUUAAAAUUAUCAAUGAAUGGCUUGCUGCCAGCAUAUAUUUGUGGAAAUUGAUCUAUCCUGUUAUAGUGAGGGACACGGCCAUAUGCUGUAAUGAAUCUGCACAGCAUGUUGAUGUGUUAGUAUGAUGUCUCUGCAAUGUGUCCUGCUCUUCCGGAGUGUCUCUCAAGUUGACAACCAUAAUCACAGCGCCUCGUAUGUUUCGAUUUUUCCUUCAUACUGACAAUUGUGUAUUAUUUUGAUGUCUUAUAAAUAUAUAA